GCUGUUGUUCUUCGGGAGGCUUAUUAGUGUUAGUGAAUGGGAGAAGAACAUCGUCCGACCAGCACCCGAUAUAUUUAUUAAGUUUCGCGAUGUCCUCCAGGUACCUGAUCAAGAAGAAGUACCAGCACCUGUCUAGGUAUCGCUUCUACAAGAAGGAGCUGAGCGGACACGACACCAACGCCAUAUAUAUGGUUCCUGAGGAGGGACUUACAUUUAUUCCCCAUGGUGAAAUUCUCAAAGCAUUGCGGGUCCUUGAAAGGGCAAUACACUUGACGGAACUCAACAUGCCUCUGAUCAUGGCACAAAUGAAGACUAUACAAACAACUCUCACUGCAGGCCAGGAGGACUAUAUGGGUGAAAAUGUUUCAUUGAAUGAUGUCAUAUGUGUCAUCAACAGACAUGAUGGGAUAAAGACGUUAGUAUCGCUGCUAAUGAUACCCGACUCGGGAGAACGAUGCUGUAAAAGUGACAACUGUGACCAUGUAACCACAGUUGGAAAUUUGCAUGCCAUCACGCUGAACGUUCUCAACAGGCUAACGUCUCAUGACAAUGCAAUUGGCAGUCAGCUGAGUGAAAGUGACGAAGUAUUGCAGAUCUUGUUUGCAAUGAUGACGAGGUCAGAGACCUACACCAAAGCAGUUACAUUAAUUGAACACCUGCUUAUCUUGAGAAAAUCAACAUUGCAGCUCAACACAAUACCUGGCCUGGAUCGUCUCAUAGGGAAGUUAGAUGGAGAGUUUUUAGCCAAUUUCUGCAGUAUAUUGGCAGUCACGAUCUCUGACUUAGAUGUAUAUGAGAACAAGACUUUGUUAUAUGAGCAGAGCAAACUGCGAAGCAAUAUAAAAAGUUUAUCACCGUUACGAGAUAUCAAUCAAGAGUUUGUUCUAGGAAUAUCUGAAUUUCUGCCUAGACUGGUGAAUUUUGCCACUAAAUUGCCUUAUGAACCACGCUAUGAAGGUCGAACGAUGGAAGUAGACCACUGGAUGAGAUUGAUUGAAGAGUCUAUGUCUGAUGUUAUUAGUCAGCUGGAUCCAAAUUUGAUAGAGUCUUCAGCAGAUGCCAUUGAGAGAAUACUCCCCCACACAGUCCUGAAUCAGAUUGAAGCUCUUGCAGGUCCAAUGUUACAAAGAGUAGAAACUGUUUAUGUACUGGGCCUUCUUUUACUCGGCAAGCACAGAAAGGAAGUUCAGGCCCAGUUGGCGCAGUUAAGAUUAAUCCCUAGAUUGUCACAACUCUUUGACCUCUUCAUCUGGAAGUGCGAGACGUAUCAAGAGCGCGUCAGAGUUCCUGGUCAUUUAAGCUCCUGUGAAUGUAGUCCAGAAGUGGCACUGAAAAUACAGUUCCUUAGAUUAGUACAUAGUUUUUGCGACCAAUCUGAAUACAGGUAUUUGAUGCUAACCCCAACAGAGUACAGAGAGGUUUGCAGUAUAAGUGCAGCUAAGGUGCUUCUUCACGAAAGUACAACCACAACUAGCACAUCAACUACCCAGGACUCCAGUAGUGGGAGUGGUUCUCAGGGAAGUAGAACUCCAACAAACCAGACACCCAAAGUUCAAGAAUGUACGAAUAGCUGUCAGUCGUCGACUGCUUUCAACGACGUGCUGCUCACGACCAAUACCUCACCUCAGAUGCCAAUAGAGUUUCCCAUGAAUCAGAUGUGUUCAGGGUCGAAAGGUCUCCUGUCCAAGAUUGUUGAUGCGCUCAAGAGAGAAACCACAGGCUCUACUUUCAGAUUUUGGUUUUCACGGGCUAUUGAGAGUUACUUGAGAAGUGCUAAUCCUUAUGCCGAUCAAAUAUUCCUUCUCCGACGAGGCCUAUUAAUGCAUUUGGCCAAUUCACUGCUUCUUUGUGAAGUUGGGCCUAGUCAAAAGGAAGUACUUCAGUCAACAUUCGACUUACUAGGGGAACUGCUUAAAUUCAAUGUUGAAGCUUACCACAGAUUAGACAGUAUAAUUUCUACAGAAGCUAGGGAAAAGAAAUUAUUUAGACUCGUUACCAAGAAUUUGGUCGACAGCAACAUGCUUGUCAGAUCCCUGGUGUUAUCCAAUGAUCUCUUCACUCGUGAAGGAAAGGCUGUUGAAUUUGCUGCAAAAUCUAGAACUCUUAAGCACGUAUCAACAUUCAAACAGCGGUUAGAUUUCUUGGUGCAGUUAACGAAAACCAUCAGUGUUGAUUCAUUAACCCAGGAAAAUGUAAGCUGCCUUAAUACAUCCCUUGUUAUUUUAAUGCUUGCCCAUCGACACUCUGAGUUGCCCCUGUACUUAGAUGGUCUUCGCAGCCACCUGGAGCCACACCUACUUCCAAACCUUAGGUCUUUGUUGCUAUUUUGGCAGACACAUUAUCUCCAUAAUAAGGAUAAGGACUGUAACACAUUGCAGAGAAGUUCUGGGAUAUCAUUUGAUUUCUGGCGUGAAACGGUAGCAACGCUGGUUGCCGAAAACAGACUGUCUCCCGAGUGUAUCUUCCAUUACCUCUCCCCAGAAGACGUGACUUUAUCAAGGAUGAGCUAGUUGUACAUAUAAGUAGAAUAAUUGUUGAAGACUAUGUUUAUGCUAAAGAAUUUUUUUUUUCUUUUUUAAGUAUCUUUUUACACUUCACAGCUCAACAGGCUUUAUAAUAGGGUAUCUGCUUGUAAAGAAUCUAUUAACAGCAUAUGUUUUUAGGAAGUGCAUUCUCACAGUACUUUUCAUACUCCUGCUUCAAAAGUUUUUCAGUCUGUCAUAGGAAAAAAGGGUACAGUGUCAUUUUAAUUUUUCAGUUUGUCUUUGGAAGCAUUUGAGAAAGAGGCUGAAGUAAAUGUCUUUGGAAGCAUUUGAGAAAGAGGCUUAAGUAAAUGUUGCUGUUAAGGGUGCCAAUUUUUCCUUGAUUAAAUAACGUAGCCACAAACAUUUUUAAGUGCCACAUUGGAAGAGUGUAGUUGCCAGUUUCAACACAACCACAAGCUAGCAUUUUGCCUUUAAACACAGUAUAUGGUACAUUUUUUUUGAUAGAUUGGUAUUUGGUGUUGCAGCCUAUACAUGUCCUUGUAAUUUAAGUGAGGAACUGAAAAUUCAAGUCAAAUUUAAAUCUUAAAAUGUGGGGGAAUGCUAGGGUGCUAUAUUGUUAUUUUGACAAUUUGGUAUAAGUUUCUACAUUUGGUAUUAUCAGCUGAGUAAGUUGUCCCAGACUUUUCCCUGUUUCGAUGAGGUAAACCAGGAAAAAGGGUAUAGAAGAACACACAAUUUAACUCACCCAUCAAGUAUUGUCUUGUAGAAAAGUUGACUGCCUCUUGGAAAAUGAAUUCCAACAUGAAGGCCAGGCUAUUACUUAAUGUGAUCAUCAUUGGAUACACGGCUUUUAUUAUAUCUGUGUGACGAGUGUGAUGGUAUUUCGUCUGUCGGGUAUAAAGUGUGUGCUCAAUUUGCUCAAUUUUGCCUUAAUGUGAUAUAAGGUUUAAUCUGUAAGGAAGUUGGUGCAUUAGUCACAGUGUUAUAAUGUAGGGAACUACAAUAGUAAUGGUUGGAAGGUACCUCCUUCUUGGCUACUAAGUGGUAUAGCAGUUUUUAUCAAAAUACAAAGACCCUGAGUCAUAUGUAAAAGAGGAUUCCAAAAAGUAAAGAGGUGUGUUUUUCAUUUUCCUUAAAACAUGAACUUUUUCAUUUUAUCUUAACAUAUAGUAACAAGAUAUUAAAAUUUCCUGUACAGUAUUGUAGGUCCAUACUUUAGGCUAGGUUUUUCUUUGGUGACCACUAAUAUUGGAAAUACAUAUAUGUAUGUAGAAUCUACUUGUCUCUUUUUACCAGAUAUUAUUGUAAUAGGCACAAUGCCCUCUUAACCUCUCGAAUUCUUCAUUUUUUUUGUAUACGCUUGUCACUACAGAGCCUUAAGACCCAAGUGCAAGAAAUUGCACUUGAUGUCCAGUAGUGGGAAAUGAACCUGCGUCCCAUGAUCACGAAGAGGUUGGCAACGUAACCUCAUUGUGGUUAUGGGACACGGGUUGUAUUCCUGCUACCAGACAUCAUAACUGCUUCCAAUUUCUUGCACUCAGAUCUCAAGGCUUUGUAGUGAAAGUGUAUCCAUAAAAUGUGAAGAAUUCAAGAAGUUAAGAAGGCAUUGUGGCUAUUACAAUUACAUAUUUGAAAUGUUUAUAAAUAUAUUCUGACAUUUUAGUACAUAUUGGUAGGUCCUGUACCGCUGGAAUGAGAUAUAUAUUGUGAAUUUUGGACUUAGAGACUUUGUGAUGUACUGUAGUAUAACAUUUAAUUUCAGGAGGAGUAAACAGAGCUUUUAUUCUUCUGAUAUGUGAGCAACAAGUUUAUACUAAUUUUGUCUCGUUCUUGUGGCCCAUGAUUAGAAAGAUUUUUAUUCCAUUGUUCUGAUUUAACUGAAUAAUAUGUAGUGGUAAUCAAAGCAAAACAUAGACAUUUAUUUAUGCAUUGGUCUUGAUGUAUAAUAGAUCUCUCAGCAAUAUAAAGGAGUUCAUUUCUUGAGACUUAAUGUAUUAGUUUCAAAUAGUAUCAUGUAAAGAUCAUUAUCAUGAAAGUCCUAAAUAACAUUCAUCUUUUUAUACUUGCUGAGAGCUUGUUUUAGGUCAUCUUUAACCCUACUCGUUCAAUAGAGGCCAAGUUGAAGUUUUAGCGUGUAGGUUGUGUCUAAAUGUGAGACAGAAGUUUUUCCUUAUAGCUUGUCUUUGUUUGUAUCCUAUUAGAGGUAAAGGUCUUGUCUUUUUUCUUAUCCUGUCAGAGGAAAGGUCUUGUUUUUUUAUUUUAUUUUUAUUUUUUUUUGACAGAGGAAAAGGUCUGGUCUCUUUUUCUUAUCCUGUCAAAGGAAAAGUUUUGUCUUCAUCUUCAUUCUUAUCCACUUAGAGGACAAGGGAAUCACAAUCUGAAAUUUUUCUUGAUAGUCACAAGUGUCAGAGACGUACACCCACGAAGCAUCAAGGUUCGGCUGUGAAGUGAUGUACUGGUUGGUUUUUUCGGAAUGUUUCAAGGCAUUCUUGUCACCCAUCCAAUAUAGAAAUAAACUGGUUUGUGAAAUUUUGAGUUGUCUUUAAAUUUAAAUACUUCAAUGAAGAAAGUGGCAUGAAAAUGACUGUGAGAGUGAAAAUGAAAUUAUUAGAUUGAAAGUUAUGUAUCAUCAGUGUUUACUUUUUGUUGUGAUAAAUUAAAAUGUUUGUUUUCCUCUCUGAUGCUGAAUAUUUAAAUUCAUUCAAAGUUCAAAUUGUUUAGGGUAUAGUUAUGAGGAAAUUAAUGUGUGGUACAGGUACUGUAUAGUAGUUUAUUUUUCUGUAAGUCUGCAAGAACCUACUUAUUAUCUAGACCAGUGAAAAUUUGGACUGGGCUUAUUAUCUAGACCAGUGAAAAUUUGGACUGGGCUUAUUAUCUAGACCAGUGAAAAUUUGGACUGGGCUUAUUAUCUAGACCAGUGAAAAUUUGGACUGGGGUUGUACUACCCAGUAAUGAUUGUUUCAUGUGAUCAUUUACAGUUGGAACUUGAGUACCUAAAUUGUUGCAUUAAUUUCCUUAGUCAUUUUGUCAAGUCUUUUCAUUUUUUCUCACCUGAAGAUAGGAUCUUUAUUGGCCAAAUGUUGCAGAUGAACUGAUGAAAAAGUCUUGUCAGUUUUAUUGACCAUAAUUCUUCCUGCAAUAGUAAUGCAGGAAAACUUUUUCAUAUAAUCCAAGAUGUGUUGAGAAAAAAAAUAGAUGUGGUCAAAAAUUAACAGAAGUUGAUGGGCAGAUUCCAUUCAAAACAAAAGACAACUUUGUUCCCAAAAUUGUGCUGGUAAUGUUGAAUUUGUUUUAUGAAAGUCUUCCCUCUUCAAUGCCUGUGCUUGUGGACUGAAAUGAAUGUAAUACAAUUGUAUAAUAUAGCUGUAUUUUCUGUUGAGACAGUGAUUGUGAACAGUACUGUGAACAGUACUGAGACUAGUUGCAAACCUGUGAUAGUGUUUGUGACUAGAUUUGCUGAACAGAUGUGCCUGUUUUGUAGACUUCAAGUUUUGUUGUUUUUUAAAAGUAUUAUUUUAAAUACGAGAUUGCCAACUGAUGAAGCAAAUUUUACAAGUGAGUUCUAUUAUAUGAAGGUAUUUUGUGUAUUUUCUGUUGCUAAUGUUUUUCAAUCAUUUUUUUGUCAAUAAGACACCUACAUGUAUGUAUAGGUUUUAUCUCAUGAAGGCUUCCAAAUCCUUGUCCUAAUCAAGUCCUCCUUUGUCGUAAUGCUAUUUUACUUUGUGUAGGAAAGCUUGAAAAACUGACAAUACAUUGAGAAACCAUUGAAGUGCGAAUCACUUAUUAAAGAUGUAGGCUAGAAUCGUGUCAAAUAUGUUUUAUGUUACAUCUAAAUCUCUUUCAUUGUAUAAGUUGCAAAAUGGAGGUCUGUUUUGUUUCCAUACUUUUCUUCAGCAUUGCUGUGUGACGGUACCCUCAAAGGUAUGGAAAAUUGUCUAGAAUCUUUUUGGAAAUAAGUUUUAAUUUUUCACCUUAUAUUGAUUUUUUUUUUUUUUUUUUUUUUAAGCAGAGGAUUUUGUGGAAAUAAACUAAUGUUUUUAUAAUUAUGUCUUUAUAUUUAUUGAUGAUUGAAGUAAAUUAUUUAGCUUUCAGUUCAAUUUCCAUUUUAAAUGAAAACCUAGUUGGGGGGCUGAUUAUAAAUCAAUAACAAAUGUUUCAUCUGUGAGUAUAUAGUAAAUAUAUAUUAUAAUACA